CCAUUCUCCCCCCAAAGACCGAAAAGCAGCUGCCUUGUCACUGGACUCGGAGAAAAAAAAUAAGUUUUGCAACAGCAGAUCACGGCCGGAUUUCGAGUCAUCGCCUUCUUCCCUAUAGUCACAUGCCCGCCCUGGGUCACUGCCUGGCGUCUUGACCACCUCGUUUUUGCUGCUUGUUGCUUCCUGGCUUCUGUUCUUGUCUCCGAGGCUUUUCUCAUAGAAUCUCAGCUCACGUUGUCCUAUUCUUCUUCUUCCUCUUUACAUUUUGCAAGACUCUGAAAGACCUACUACUUUGAUCGCUGCCGAAUAGCUCACAUUACUCAACUACCAACGCCUGUCAACCCGCCAAGAAACCCGUGACAGCUUCAAAUCACCACCUUCACGAUGAACUACCUCUACUCGACCGUCAACACGCUGAGGGACCGCUACACUCCCGUCACGCACACCUCGACGUUCCGAAACACCGGCCAAAUCACCCCCGAAGAGUUCGUCGCCGCCGGCGACUACCUCGUCUACAAGUUCCCGACCUGGUCCUGGAGCGACGCCGACAACGAGUCCCUCCGCGCCAGCUACCUGCCCCCGGGCAAGCAGUUCCUCGUCACGCGCAACGUCCCCUGCCACCGCCGCCUCAACGACGACUUUGCUGGCGAUGCCGCCCACGAAGAGUCCAUCAUCAACGAGGGCGACGACUUCAAGAACAAGGCCGAUGCCGCGGAUGACGACGGCUGGCUCCGCACCGGCGGCCUGGCGAGCUCGCAACCGCUCAAGGCGCGCGAGGUCAAGACGGUAGACGACUCGGGCAACGUCGGCGACGAUGACCUGUACGGGCUGGACGACGAUAUCCCAGACAUGGAAGACGAGGAGGAAGACGAUGCUGUUCUUCGCAUCGAGCCUGGUAACACAGCCCGACGCACGUACAACCUCUACAUCAUGUACACGCCCUACUACCGAACGCCGCGCCUCUACCUCUCCGGCUACCAGGCCAGCGGCCACCCCCUGCCGCCCAUGAAAAUGAUGGAGGACAUCGUCGGCGACUACAAGGACAAAACGGUCACGCUCGAGGAGUUUCCCUUCUUCGCCAACCACGUCCGCAUGGCCAGCGUCCACCCCUGCAAGCACGCGCCCGUCAUGAAGUCGCUGCUGGACCGUGCCGAUGCUGCGCUGCGCCUUCGCAGAGAGAAGCUGAAAGCCAGCAAGAAGCAGCCGGGCGAUGGGAAGGAUGUCGACGGCCUGGCUGGCGAGCUGGAGAAUCUCGACGUCAAGGGCGCCCAGGAGGCCGCUGACAAGGACGAGUGGGAAGAGGUGCAGGAGAAUGAGGUGGAUGACCAGGAAGUUGCCAUCCGAGUAGACCAGUAUCUGGUUGUAUUCUUAAAGUUCAUGGCCAGCGUCACGCCUGGAAUCGAGCACGAUUUCACCAUGGGUGUCUAAGUAAUGCCAAUGAAUAGAAUCACCGAACAGAAGAGAAUAAGUUCUGU